AUGGCUGCACUCCGCACCGUGGCCGUGGCAGAAGCGGGGGCCCUUCGACUGCUACGCAUCAUCCAUCCGCUGCGCUCGAGGCAUCAUCAUUUUCACUCUCACAGCAUUUCUCUGCGGACGUGUAGUCAUGGUGUGACAUCGGUGCCAGCGGGGAAUUUGACUCCAGAGUCUAUUGCGUUGUUUCACUCCUACGGCGCUUCAGCGGCAGGCAGAGUGCCGGUUGUUAUGGAUGCGACCGCCCUCAACGAGGUUCUCCACGACAUGCUUGUACCUGACGACGCGGGCACCAGCAAUGUCGUGCGUGAAUUGCGCCGCACCUUGAGUGAGAAGCGCGAGGAAGUUGCACCGUUGCUUGCCGAAAAGUACCGCAUUGACCACGCUGUAGACAACCGCUAUGUCCCGCUCCUCCGCUACCUCACCCUCGCCGCGCUUUUGGCGCAGUUUGUCAUUCUCUUUCGCUGGGUUUUUGUUGUGUUUGACUGGAAUCUUGUGGAACCAAUGACGUACUUCCUUGGGUGCACCGUAGCGUGGGCGAGCACAGUCUUUCACUGCUACCACGCCAAGGAGUUCACAUGGGAGGCGAUACUGGACGCGGUGGCGCAACGCCGUCGACUGCAGUUAUACAGGAAGGCGGGGGUCAAUGUGGCAAACAUUGAGCGGCUGCAGCAACAGAUACGCAUGCUUGAAAGGAUGAUAUCAAAGUAUUGA